AUGAGUGCCCACUGCCUCCCUAUCCUUCUUCUCUAUGCUUGGUGGGCUCUACUCCAGCCGCGCGCCGCGACGGUGGCCGCCUUUCCUCUGUGGACACGGGGUCAGCCCUCGUCACCAUCCUCUCUCGCAUACAUGCUGAGCCUCUACCGAGACCCGCUGCCUCGGGCGGACAUCAUCCGCAGCCUCCAGGCGCAAGAUGUGGAAGUGAGUGGGCAGAACUGGACCUUCGCUUUUGACUUCUCUUUUCUGAGCCAAGAAGAGGAUCUGGCAUGGGCAGAGCUCUGGUUGCAGCUGCCGGGCCCUGUGGACCUCCCCACCGAGGGCCCACUCACCAUUGAAAUUUUCCACCAGGCAAAGCUGGACCCAGAGCAGGACCCAACCGACUGCCUGGAGCGAGUUCGGAUGGAAGCGGUUCACGAUCGCCCGGUCUCAGUGACUUUUUCCUCAGAGAGCACUGUCCUGGAGGUGACCAGACCACUCUCCAAGUGGCUAAAGGACCCCAGGGCACUGGAGAAGCAGAUAUCCAGUCUGAAAGGAAAGUGCUGGCAUCAGCCCCGCAUCCCACCCGUCACUGUCACCAGUGCCAACGUGCUCAUGCUCUACUCCAACCGGCCUCAGGAGCAGAGGCAGCUGGGUGGCGCCACUUUGCUCUGGGAAGCUGAAAGUUCCUGGCGGGCCCAGGAGGGACAGCUGUCUGAAGAGAGGGGCCGAUGGGCCAGAAGGCACCGGAGACAUCACUUGCCAGACAGAAGCCAGUUGUGUAGGAGGGUCAAGUUCCAGGUGGACUUCAACCUGAUUGGCUGGGGUUCCUGGAUCAUCUACCCCAAACAGUACAAUGCCUAUCGCUGUGAGGGCGAGUGUCCUAACCCUGUGGGGGAGGAGUUUCACCCUACCAACCACGCCUAUAUCCAGAGCCUGCUGAAACGCUACCAGCCCCACCGGGUCCCUUCCACAUGCUGUGCCCCUGUGAAGACCAAGCCACUGAGCAUGCUCUAUGUGGACAAUGGCAGGGUGCUCCUGGAACACCACAAGGACAUGAUUGUGGAGGAGUGUGGGUGCCUGUGACAGAGCCAGGGGAGUGCUGAAUCAGCUUGCCCUCCACAAUGCUGAACUCCGGGGAGACCCCAUAGUGUCUAUCGGGGAGCAGGAAUGGAAGAAGGACUCUGCCUGCCAGAGCGGAAGAGGAAG